AUGGGACGUGAGGAGCAAGGAAGGACUUGGUGCAUGGACGCAGCUCAACUGGAUACACAAAGGAAGAAGGAGGAAGCCAUCUUGAAGACCGCACCACUCGACCACCGGUCGAGUUCCUCAACUCGACCGGCCAAGCUUCAACUCGAUCGAGCUGAGAAGUCAACAGUGUAUGCGAACUCGAUCGAGUCGGUCUACAGAAGACUUGGUCGAGCUAGACUUUACACGGGUAGAAAGAGUUCAGAGAGGGGAAUGGAAACCCUUUGGGCAAUGGACUCGGUCGAGCUAGGCAAACUCGACCGAUUAGUCAAGGAGAUGCUCCAAACCGCCACCAACAGAGACAAGGGAUUGUUCCACCACCAGUGCAGAACCACAACUUUGAGAUCAAGCUGGGAAUGA